ACUACCAUGGGGAUAAAGCACCUUUUGCUGCUGCUGAUAUACCUGGACCCGCUGAGCGUGCUGAGCGCCGCUACAGGCGGUAAAAAAACCAAACCGGCGGCCAGGAAGGCUCCCAAAGCCACCGCGGUGCCCACGGUGGUCCCGCAGAAGACCCCGCAGCCGGCGCCCGUCAGCAACCACGACACCUGCCUGGGCUACUACGACGUGAGCGGCCAGUACGACAAAAUGUUCGAGUGCAACAACACGGACCACAGGUACUGCUGCGGGACGUGCUACCUGCGCUUCUGCUGCGAGUACAAGAAGGACCGGCUGGAUCAGAAAGCGUGCAAGAACUACCAGACACCGGUGUGGGUGCAGACGGUCACCCCGUCGCCCAUCCCGACAGGCGGGACGUACGAUCCGAGCAUGGAUCAGACCAACACGGCGGUCUAUAUCACCUGUGGGAUCAUAGCCUUCAUCAUAGUGUUGGGAGUGUCGGCCAAAGUUGCGUACGACAAAGCAACAGAGCCGCCACAGGAGAUGAACAUACACAGGGCCCUUGCAGACAUCCUGAGGCAGCAGGGGCCCAUCCCCAUAUCGCAAUAUGACUGUGAGAAUUUUGCAGCGAUGAACGGUUCGCCCAAAGACAACACACCAGUCAGAACCUCAUCCAAGAACCACUACACCCCCGUGCACACCUCCAAAUCCAACCAUGGUCUUCACUAUGGAAAGGAGAGCGUCCGGAGCAGUGGAGGCGCUGAACUUCACAACUUCAUCUCCUCUGGCUUUGUGACGUUGGGUCGAGGCCAUCCAAAAGGAGAAAAACAUUGGCCGGUCCGCUCCCAGAGUCACCAUGGUACCCAUCAGCACAACUAUAACCAUGUGGCUCUAGGUAGCCCUACACGCACACCUAAGAAUGCUCACCGAUCAUUGAGGCGUGAAAACAAUCGGAUAAGCGGCAUCCUGACCUCGCAGACGGAGCCCUACGACCUGUCUUUCUCACGCUCCUUCCAGAGCCUGUCACACCUGCCGCCCUCCUAUGAGGCGGCCGUCAAAGCCGACCUCAGCCGAUUCUCGUCCCUCAAGAAACUCACAGAUAAAGAAGUGGAAGACUACUAUACUCGUAAGCGCCACCUGCCUGACCUGGCAGCAAGAGGCACUCUUCCAUUGCAUGUUCUCAAAAUCAGUCAAGACCAGCACCGGGAGCAGCAGCCGCAGCAGCUCCAGAGCCAGCCCCCGCAGUCCUCCAUCUCCCAGGCCCCUCCCCAGUCGCAGGCUUCACAGCAGCCAUCUCAGCAAAGGCAGAGGCCCCGUCGGGUCCAGAGGGCCAUGUCCCAGGACCGCGUCCUGUCCCCGCAGAGGGCCCCACAGCAGGAGUACAGCAUGUCAUCUAAUGGUAUGUCGCCAUACGGAGGCAGGAUCCUCUCAGACGAACAGCUUCUGUCCGCCGAACGCCUUCGAUCCCAGGAGCGUCUUCUUCCACAGGACCGCCAUACUUCCCAAGAUCGCCUGUACACCAAGGACCGCAUCUACUCUAAGGACCGACUCCUGUCCCAGGAGCACCUCUACUCAAAAGACCGCCACUAUUCUCAAGACCGCCUCUAUUCACAAGAUCGCCUGUACUCACAAGACCGCCUCCUAUCCCAGGAUCCCCUGCUCUCGCCAGAUAAGCUGAUGAUGUCGCUAAAGCGCGGCAUGGUCGGCAGCAUCUCUGGCGGGUUUCGUGGCAGUGACAUGUCAAUGUCGCGCGCCAUCUCGCACACAGACGUGUUCAUACCAACAACCCCUCUUAUGGAUCGCUACAAGAUGACCAAAAUGCACUCCCAUCCCAGUGCCUCUAACAAUGGCGGUGGCGGGCCGCCGGGAGCGGGAGCGGGAGCAGGAGGCCCCGGGCACUCCAACACUUUAUCCAUGAACCAGACAGCAUCUAAGAGGCAGGCGUUUGCCUCCAGACGGACUCAUACUGUGGAACAGCUCCACUACGUCCCACAGCACCACCAGCAGCAGCAACAACAGCCACAGCACUACCGCACAGGCAGCAAGACUGAGGUGACUGUGUAACGGCAGCCGGGACUACCUGAACUGCACAGGAAGAAGCACUGCUGUGUGCUAGGGGUGGGGUUGAUUGAGGUAUGUGGGUACACUGGCCUUCUUUUAGAGUAGGAUGGUGGCAAUUUCAUUUUCUUUGACUAAGGUUCCUGCAAAGUCAGAGAUUCCAGGACCAAGAACAUCCACUAGCUUACUGUGAGAGACCGGAAAACCGAGCUACACUGUACACUGCAUACACAGGCCCAACUAGAUCUGAAGCCAGAGAGGGUUGUGGAUAGGGGAGCUGUGGUAUUAUCCAGCUAACUUGCCUACUAUUAUUUCCACUGUCUUGAUUACCCCAUUCAUCCACAGGGUAUGGCCUCAUUCUGUGUAUGUUUUAGUGAGAAAACACUGAUUGUGUCUGUUUAAGCCUUUAUCUGCCCCCUUUGUCCAACAAAUCUAUUCUGUGACCUUUUCUGGCGAAUCUUAAAGGGCUUUGCAUGGUUAAACACAUAGACCGACUCCUCCGUGACUUCUGUUGUGCAACACAACACCACCACAAGUGAUGAACUAGGAUGAGCCUGUAAUAACUUUAUAAAUAUAUAAAUAAAUGAAUAAAAAACAACCAUUUGUACUCCCUGUCCUACUCAUAGCUCUAGAGAAUCUCAAUGAGAGAAAUUGAAAUGGAUGUUAUUAGCACUUCUAUUUGGUGCCUCUGACAGAUGUUCCAUUUCUAACAACGAAGUGGUUUUGUGGGUUACAAAGCACAAUCAAUAAAAAAAAUUCUGUUCUGUUUUUUAUUUCGUUUUUGAGUUUGAAUAGUGAUGGCUAGCUUGUUUUGUUCUUAAAGCAAUGGCAGGUUUUUUUUGCUUCCAGUAGAUGAUUGUAAAUAAGCUAUUUUAGAAACAGUAUUAUGGACAAGUCUGUACUGGAUGGACUUUACAUUAGACUGUCUGUUUUCAAUAGAUUCUUAAAAAAACAACUAUAAAGCAUCACUGUUUCGUGAGUUCAGAAUAGAAACCCACUUAACCAAGUAUUUGACAGGAUCAAUUAAUACUAUACUGUGUGUGUCUUUGCAAAACUGUUUGUAGGACAAGAAAUGAAUGAAUGUGUUGUUGAUAACAGAUAUACAAGUGUUCAUAUUUGGAUGUAGACUGUGUUCCAUUGACAUCAGAGGAUUUGAACAUCAUGGAAAUGGAUUAUAAUGCUUGUUACAGUAGGGUCAA